AGAGGCAAACGCUGCCCUUACUACUCGCGGCAGCUUUGCUGUCUUCUACCUGUGUAGCUUACAAUAUUCUCUUUAUGUGUCCCUUCCCAGCGCCAAGUCAUUGGAUGUGGAUGGAGCAUUUUUCACAAGAGCUAUUGCGACGCGGACACAAUGUCACCGCGGUAACCAAUCAUCCAGUCAAGCAGCCACAUCCCAACUUAACGCAGAUCAUUAUUGAGCCACAGUUUGAUAUAACAUAUUACUAUUCCAAAGAGGAUAUUUUUAAAAUGCGUUUUUCCAGCGAUUUCGCAAAUUUGAAUGUAUAUUGGCAUGCCGGCUUAUUGAGCUCUGAGCAUGCGCUCGCUCAGCCGGCAGUUAAAGCUUUGAUCGCUAGCAAGCAUCUCACAUUUGAUCUAAUUGUUUUGGAACAAUUCUUUCACGAGAGUUUUCUGAUGUUUGCGCAUAAAUUUAAAUGUCCUGUUGUGACUUUGGGCACCAUGGGCUAUGCUGAUAAUAUGGACCACGCUAUGGGUCUGCUUACACCUUGGUCAUUUGUUCCGCACUUAUUUCUCUCGCAUACAGAUCGCAUGGACUUCUUUGAAAGAGCUUAUAAUACUUAUCUGUCACUGUAUGAUGCUGUGCUAAGGCGUUGGUACUAUAUGCCGAGAAUGCAGGAGAUGGCUGGGAAAUAUUUUGAAGGAUUUAUUGAAGGUCCUCUCCCGCAAUUGAGUGAACUUGUUCAAAAUAUUUCGCUUAUGCUAAUCAAUAGCCAUCGGGCUGUGGACGCGCCUCGACCCAGCAUGCCCGGUCUAGUUAAUGUGGGUGGCAUACAUAUCAAGCCAGCCAAACCAUUACCAAAAGAUUUACAGUCUUACCUCGACAACUCCACACAUGGCGUCAUUUACUUCAGCUUAGGCUCAUACUUGCAAAGCACCGACAUUCCAUUCGAAAAAAUCCAGCUACUCCUGAACGCAUUCGCCCGGCUCGAGCAAAAUGUAUUGUGGAAAUUCGAGAGCAACGACACCAACGCAAAGCUACCAAAAAAUGUUAAAAUCUAUAAAUGGCUGCCACAGAAUGAUAUUUUAUCUCAUCCCAAUUUGAAGCUAUUCAUUACUCAUGGCGGCAUCUUUAGCACCCAAGAGGGUAUCCAUUGGGGUAAACCGCUCUUGUGUAUACCAUUCUUUGGUGAUCAACAUCGCAACGCUAUGAAAGUGACACGUGCUGGAUAUGCACGCACGUUGAGUUUCGAUAGAAUUACUAGUGAAGACUUAGUGCAUAAUAUACAAAUGUUAAUCAGUGAUGACAUAUAUAAACGUAAAGCCAUGGAGGCAUCGCGCCUCUUUAGAGAUAACCCCACAAUAGCUUUACAGGAGGCCUCCUUCUGGCUGGAAUAUGUGAUAAGGCAUAACGGCGCAAGCCAUUUGAAGUCCCAUGGCGCUUACAUGCCGCUUUAUCAGUAUUUGUUGUUGGAUGUGUUGGGUGGUGUACUUUUAUUUUUAUUUCUGGUAGUUUCGUUAAUAGCUUGUUUGGGAAAGGGGAUAAGUAGACUUGUGUUGUCGCCAAGGCACAAAGCGCGCACAAGUGAAAGCCUGUCGAAAGAAACAAUAAGAAAGAUUGACUAAUAUUUUUUAAUUUACGACCGUCUGCAAUAACAGCACAACUCAAAAUUUCAUGUUUUUUAUUUAUAUAGCGGAUUAGGUUUAUAAGUAACCAUAUUUUUAUAUAAACGCAAAAUCUUUAAUUGACUCUAUUGCAAAAGUAUUGAAAUUUUGAGUUGUGUCGUUAUUGCAGAGGACCAGCGAUAUGUAUGUAUGUAUGUAUGUCGAGAUAGCAACGGGUUCGACUAGUUCAUAAGCCAUUUGUCUUAAUGUAUUUUAAAAAAAUUCAAACACGUGUGAUUAUAGUUUAAUGAACUCUUGCGAUUUAAAAUUUAUUGUGAAAAAAAUUACCAUCAUAAAUAUAGAGAUUACAUUGGAGAUAAUGAUUAUUAUAAAACAGUAAAAAAUUAUUGUAAAUAUAUAUCGUCGUUUAAAUUACAAAACCGCGUAUCACGAAAAUGCAAAACCUCGUACAUAUGAAUGUGAGAUUGCCAAGAUUUUGUAGGAGAGAGU